GGAGAGGAGAGAAUGUUGAUGUGAUACAAUUUGACGUAGUUGAGUCAUGAUUGAACAUGAUUGAGUCUAAAUGGCUAGUGCUGCUUUUAUACGCCAGUAUCAACGUAACUCUUUGAUGCGGCACAUCCAUUUGACUCCUUACUCACUAGUAAAACGCUGUAACAGUAAUAUCGUAGCUUAUUUGAUAACGCACAUCGAAACGUGAAUCAAGUGACACGAAACACGGUAGUACAGACUGUAGUAAGAUAAAAUAUGUCUUCGACGAAGGUUCUUCGAGUCGUGAGUAGUAUUAUGCAGAGAAGGCCGUUGUUAUUCAAUUCGAUGGUGUACGGUUUCUUCUAUACGAGCGCAGAGUUCAUCCGACAGAGCUUCAGUAAGAUGUCCAAGCCGAUACAGCCGAUUACUGCGGAGCCGGAAAUUUGUUCUACUGUCAAGGGACCAAUAUUAAUCCAAGUACAAAAACUUUGCGAGAUGUUGGAUCUGGUAGAUAAUAGUUCUAAUUCAACAACUUACAACUGGCCGCAAUUGAAAAGAUACGCAAUUUUCGGUUGCCUCAUGGCCGGACCGAUGCUACACGGAUGGUACAAAUGGCUCGAUACGUUCUACAGUGGGAAAACCACGAGGAUUGUGUUAAAAAAACUUUUUGCGGAUCAAUUUAUCUUGACACCACCAUUACUUAUCUUGUUCUUUAUCAGUAUGAGUUUAAUGGAAGCUAAGUCGGAUCUCCUUCAAGAAUGCAAAAUUAAAUUUGUACACACUUUUAAGACUUCGUGCGGAUAUUGGUUGCCGGUGCAAUUUGUCAACUUCCUAUUAAUUCCACCGUCUUUUCGAGUGACAUAUGUCAGUAUUGCUGCUUUCUGCUGGGUCAAUAUUCUAUGUUAUUUGAAAAAUUUACCCGUUUCCGAAUGCGAGCAGAAAGUAGAAUACUAAGACUUUUCGUAUGCACACACCACACACACACACACACUCUCUCUCAUGCAUGUACCUGAAUAAUCAAUUAUCAACAAGAUAUUCGUUAAUGAGUUCCUUGACAUUUUGCUUGAUAAUUAUCUUGUUUCCGUCAAUGAAACAUUUCCAGAAAAUUUAACGCACAAUUAGUAUACGUAGUACUAGUUACACGUAUAUAUAAUUUAUUGUAAUAUUUGUUUCCAAAUAAUAAUAUUUAUGGGAAUAGUA